AUGUAUCAUCUCUCUUCAAAGUCCUCAAGACACUUGAUCUCCAAGUCACUCGCCAAUUAGGGAUCUUUUACCAGAUUCAACAAGUUCAUUUCUGCAGCAAUAACUCAGAACAAGCUCCAACUUGUUAGCUUCUAGCAAAUGAAUAUGAUGAGUUUGAACAAGACAUUUUAAAGAUAAUGUCUAAUGAGUGUUUAAGCAAGGCAUUUUGCUUCCGGUGAUCUACCUAAUCAUAUUAAGUUAGAGAUGCCAAACUUAUCCCCAACUAUGGAGAAGGGUAACAUUGCUAAAUGGAUGAAGAAAGAAGGUGAUCAAAUUAAGCCUGGUGAUAUUCUCGCUUCAAUUGAAACAGACAAGGCUACAGUUGACUUUGAAAUGCAGGAAGAAGGUUAUAUUGCUAAACUUCUCUUCCCAGAGGGUGAGAAAGAUGUCAAACUUGGACAAGUCGUUGCUAUUAUUGUGGAAAAUAAGGACGAUGUUGCCAAAUUCAAGGACUUCAAGGGAGAUGCUGCUCCAGCUGCACCUAAAUAAGAAUAAAAGUAGGCUGCACCAUAGCAAUAAACAUCUUCCCCAGCUUAAACUUAAUAAUAGUAAGCAGCUCCAUAACAAUAAAGAAGUGGCGAUAGAAUUUUCGUUUCACCUCUUGCCAAGAAGUUGGCUGAGGAACAAAGCUUAGAUUUAUCUUAAGUAAAGGGUUCUGGUCCAAAUGACAGAAUAAUCAAGGCUGAUGUUGAAGAAGCUUUAAAGAGUGGAGUUCAAAAGCAACCAGUGCAAAAAAGAGCAGCAGCUCCUUAAAUUAUUCUCGAUGCCUUCGGUGAAUAUGAAGAUGUUCAAAACUCUAACAUAAGAAAAAUUAUUGCAGAAAGACUCAGUUACUCUAAGCAAAAUAUCCCUCACUAUUAUGUCACUGUCAAUGUAAAUGUUGACAAUUUACUUAAGUUAAGAGGAAAAUUGAACACCUCUGCAAAGUCAAAGAUUUCAGUUAAUGAUAUGGUUAUCAAGGCUGCCUCACUUGCUUCAGUCAAGGUUCCAGAGACUAACUCUGAAUGGAGAAGUGACUUCAUUAGAUUAUAUAGAAACGUCAACAUGAGUGUAGCCGUUCAAACUGACCACGGUCUAAUGGUACCAGUUGUUACUAACACUAACCUCAAGGGACUUGAAGAAAUCGCUUCUGAAAUUAAAGACCUUGCAGCUAGAGCAAGAGAAAACAAACUUAAGCCAGAUGAAAUUUCAGGAGGUACCUUCACCAUCUCUAACUUAGGAAUGUUUGGAGUUCAUAACUUCUCAGCUAUUGUAAACCCACCUCAAGCUUGUAUUCUUGCUGUCAGCGCAGCUUAAAAGACUGUUGUCGUAGAUGAACAUGCAAAAGACUCAGAUAGUCCAUACAAGAUUGCAAGCCUUAUGAAUGUGACUCUAAGUUCAGAUCAUAGAAUCGUAGAUGGUGCUAUUGCAGCUCAAUGGGGACAAGAGUUUAAGAAAUACAUCGAAAAUCCAGAGUUCAUGCUUCUUUGA